AUGCCACAAAAGGCGAAAAAUUGAUAUGCUCCAUGAACCCAUAAAUCAUUGGAGAAAACAUGGGGUGAGAGGGGAGACAGCUCUAAAUCUCUCAAUCUCUUAUAGCUUUAAGAAACCCGAUAUAUUGGAGAAAAUGUUAGUGUUUCCGAAGAUUACUUUUUCCAGAAAAAAAUUUAUACCCCUAACUUGGUAUAACUCCCUCUUCUCUACCUGGAAGAAAGGAGAGUGACCAGGAACCAACCUUAGUGUAGCACAACGACAUAUCUAUGACAUGCAGGUCUAGAAAUCGAAUUUCAAUCAGUAAACCCAACUUGCGAAAAAACAAAGUAACAAAGGAAAAUAAAUGGCAUGCACAACACAUAAGAGACUCAAAAGUCUCAUGGAUGCAAUUAGAAGGGGAUGAAACACAAAUCUCAGCAACAAAACCCUCACUCUCCAAACUCCAAAUCUAUGAUAACAAAAGCGAAAAAUAAAAGUAUUUUCACCCAAUCCAAAACAGGGGAGGGUAAAACCAUGUUCUGGGCUGGGAGAAAGUUCGGGCAAGGGAAGUUACACGAAGGCAACAGAGGAGACCAGGACUAAGCCCGACGUGAAACUAAAAGAAGAAGAGGAUUCCCUUUCUAUAAAAAAAGAGAGAGAGAGACUUAGAUUGGCAUCCUAAUAAGAACAUAGACUGAACAAAGAAAAUGUUGUAAAAUUACGGAUCGCCAAAUUGCUAGUCAUGGCAAAUAGACAGAAUAGGAGGCGGCUAGGGUUUCUUACGACUUUACCUUUUCUUCUUCUUUUUUUUCUUUUUUUUUUGUUUUUUUCAAAGGGAGUAGAUUGACCGAUAAAACAAGAUCUCGAUGUCAUAAAUUCCCCCAGAUACCAAAAUAGAAAAAUAGCAUACUUUUGAAUUCAAGAUGAGAAAUUUUACUCCCAACAAAAAAAAUAAUAAUAAAUUCAAGACCCGGAUUUAAGAGUCAAGGCUGAAAUUUUCUUACAGAAAAUCUAGAACUUACUGCUGGAGAUCGAAAGAUGGAUACCAAUUCAUCGAUCAGCAUCCCGGAAGUGGUUCUUAGCUCUAGCGGCCGGAGAAUGCCCCUAGUGGGCAUGGGCACUGCAGUUUCCCCUCCAGUACCACCAGAAGAAACUAAAACAGCGAUUCUUCAAGCAAUUGAGCUUGGUUACAGGCAUUUUGAUACAGCCGCACUCUACCUAACAGAGGAGCCUCUAGGCCAAGCCAUUGCUGAAGCACUGUCUCGCGGCUUCAUUAAAUCUCGAGAGGAGCUCUUUAUCACCUCUAAGCUUUGGUGCAGCGAUGCUCAUAGCGAUCUCGUUCUCCCAGCCCUUCAAAAGAGUCUACAGACUCUUCAGUUGGAGUACAUCGAUCUUUAUCUGAUCCAUUGGCCUGUGAGCUCCAGACCAGGGACCUUUGAGUUCCCAAUAAAGCAAGAAGAUUUUUUAGCUAUGGAUUUUAAAGGAGUAUGGAGAGCUAUGGAAGAGUGCCAGACAAUUGGACUCACAAAAUCAAUUGGUGUCAGCAAUUUUUCCUGUAAGAAGCUCUCGGAAAUCCUUUCAGUAGCAGAGAUUCCUCCAGCUGUUAACCAAGUAGAGAUAAACCCGCUAUGGCAACAAAAGAAGCUGCUGGAGUUCUGCAAGGACAAUGGAAUAGUGUUGACAGCGUAUGCUUCUCUAGGAGCAAGUGGGACCAUUUGGGGUAGCAACAGGGUUAUGGAGAAUGAAACGCUCAUUCAGAUUGCAAAUGCCAAAGGAAAGACUCUUGCUCAGAUAUGCCUUAGGUGGGCAUAUGAGCAAGGGAUCAGUGUGUUGGUGAAAAGUUUCAACAAGGAGAGGAUGAAACAGAACCUCGACAUAUUUAACUGGGAAUUGAGCGAGGAAGAAAGUAAAAUGAUCAGUGAGAUUCCUCAAAGUAGAGGAUGUCGAGGAGAAGAUUACAUCUCAGAGAAGGGACCUUUCAAGACAGUAGAGGAGCUCUGGGAUGGUGAAAUUUGAUCUAAAUAAAUUCUUAGCUUCAGGUACUAAACAAAGAUGGACUCCUGUUCUCUGCUAUUCCCAUUUUGAUAAAUGCUUGUCAGUUUUCAUAUCAAAUACCAUGCUUUCAGAAGAGAUAUUGCUUGAAUGCUGAAUAAAGAAUUUCAGAUGGUGGCAUUAACCUUUCAUAAUUUCAUUGACCA